AAUAAUAAAGAAUGAUAUGUUAUGUUCAGUAAAUCUGAAUGUGAGAAGAACUGUCCGCCUGUACAGAUUUCAGCUUAUGAAUCUGUUUGUGCCCGGCUACGAGAACGAGGACAUUGUGUUGUUGGUGGGGGAAGGUUCUUCUACGAUAAAUACUCCAACAGAUGUAUUCGGUUUACAGCCUGUGACGAUCUUGGUCCUUCAGUAAAUAACUUUGGAACAAGAGAUGAAUGCAAAAGAACUUGUAUUCCUAAAAGUUUAGAGUUGAAUAAAGAACUUAACUUUACCUCAGCUGAUUCAUUGACAGAGGAAGAGGAGGGUUCUACUCCAGCUGCAUCCAUAGUAGAGGCACUCCUAGUUAUUCUUGUACUCGGUAUUGGAAUGUUUGCUGGUGUUCUAGGCUGGAGACAUUACAAAGCAAAACAAGGGAUUGAAGCGUAUAAUCUGUUUGGAAAUGAGAGACCGAGCUCAGAGACAGGUACAUCUGACAUCAGAGCAGGUGGACGUAGAAACCUGACUUUUGAGAACCCAGUGUACACAAACGACAUGUACAACGUACAUAGAGAUGCUGAUAGAAACAUACAGCUUCAAGGGUUUGCUCCGUGGAUUUAAAGCCUGGCUGGGUGAAAGAUUAAUUCAAAAAGUUUCUAUGCUAUGGAUUCCUCCUCUUAGCCUAGGAAACCUUGGUAUUAUACCAGAACUACCAGAAACUCAAAAUGGUUCAAGUUUUGCGUA